AUGCAGUACACACCAGUGAUCGAGAAUCCCGUCCUGUGGUCUUCAACGGGCUCGUUUGUUUCUGGACUCUGCCUGGCCUCUGAGAGAUGCAACUCACUUGAGACAACUCUUACAGGAUAUUUAUUUAACGAAUUAGAUUGGUGUAACACAACACUUACUGGGGGAAUUCGCUAUGAGUCCGGUUGCGGUUGUUCUGGGACAGCGGCUAUGGUGUACGCACUGUGGAAAAGCGCUUCAGAUGCGUAUUCGAAAAUCAUUGGAGGAAAUAUUGGAAUCUACCUGAACGCAUCGUUGCCAGAGCCAUUUGACAGAACUAGGGCUUUGGGAUCUGUUGAGCUUCCCAAUCUUCGUUAUCCCCGAGUGAGCAAAGUGACCGUUUACCUGGUGCGUAACUUGGACGAUACAUCAGCACGUUCGGCCUGUGAGAAAGAAUCAAUCAAAGAGCUGCGCGAGCAAAUACUUGCCAAGAACAUAACCUAUGAUUGCCAAGAGGAUCCGGAGCUCACAAUGUACUAUCAAUGCCUCCGACAUCCGACGCAUGAACGAUGUAGAAUAACAGGAGCUUCCAGUCGAUUGGUAGUCAGCGCAAUCCUGAUAAUCAUGUCAUGCGCUACUCUGAGAUUCAACCGGUUU